AUGCAAGAAAACCAGACUGUGAUUCAAGAGCUCUUCAUUAUGGGAUUUCAAGUAUCUCACGGAUACAAAAUUCUACUUUUUGUAUUGUUCCUAUCGGUAUACGUCAUCACAAUAGCCGGCAACCUCUUAAUAAUCUCGUUGGUAGCUACGUGCAGCCAACUUUUUUACCCUAUGUACUUCUACCUCAGCAAUUUAUCUGUAUGUGAAAUCCUUCUUACAACAAACAUUUCACCCUACAUGAUACAUUUAUUAUUGGUGGAUAAAAGUCCUGUGUCUGUUGCCAGAUGUUUUCUGCAAUUCUAUUUUUUUGGUACUUCGGCAACUACUGAGUGUUUUCUGCUUGCAGUGAUGUCCUAUGACCGAUACCUGGCCAUCUGCAACCCAUUGCGAUAUUCUUCUAUCAUGGAUGAAAAAAGAUGUCAUGACUUGGCAUUAUGUGUUUGGGUGAUAGGACUAAGCGCAACUGUAGGAACCAUUGUUUUACUGUGCAAACUAGAAUUCUGUGGUCCCAAUGUUAUCGACCAUUUCUUUUGUGAUCGCGAACCUAUUCUUAAACUCUCCUGCUCUGAUACAAUAAUGGUAAGAGCCCAAGCCCUUGUAUUUUCAUUCAUCAUAACACUCUUUCCAUUUGCAGUCAUUUUGUGGUCUUACGCAUCUAUCAUCCUUACUAUCUUGAGGAUGCCAACAGCAGUAGUGAGGAAAAAAGCUUUUUCCACGUGUAGCUCUCAUUUGAUGGUUGUGUCUAUGUAUUAUGGAACAUUAAUCAUAAUGUAUGUGGUACCUACUAAUGGGCAAAGAUUUAAUGCUAACAAGCUGCUAUCGUUGCUUUAUACAGUGGUUACACCUUUACUUAAUCCUAUUAUAUACAGUUUCAGAAAUCAAGAAAUAAAAGGGUCUCUGAAUGAGGCAUUACGAAGGAUAUUUUGUCCUGAAAAAUAUUAGUUUUAAAGGGGUGGUUCCAGAAUGGCCAAUUCU